GUAUUUAUUGUGGAUGAUGUCCGUACAUCUGAUCUCAACAUGGAUUUAUUGUUAAUGUGAUAGGCAUGGAUAUAUGCAUCGUUAUCAAAGCGUGUAAUUUUGCAGCCGAGCGUCAUCGCUUGCAGAGACGGAAAGAUGUUUCACAAACGCCUUAUAUCAACCAUCCCAUCGGUGUUGCAAAUAUAUUAAUUUCUGAAGCUGGUGUAACAGAUAGCGCAACAAUCGCAGCAGCAUUAUUGCAUGAUACCGUGGAAGAUACAGCUACUACCUUUCAGGAAAUCAGUGGCUUAUUUGGGGAAGAGAUUAGUCGGAUCGUACAGGAAUGUACCGAUGAUAAGAGUUUACCUGUCUCUGUACGGAAACAGCUACAAGUUAAAAAUGCUGCAAGACAUUCGCACAAGGCAAAACUGGUUCAUCUCGCAGAUAAACUUUACAAUUUGCGGGAUUUGGAGCGUGCGACACCGGUUGGAUGGGAUGCACAAAGAGUAAAAGAAUAUUUUACUUGGUCGAAAGCAGUUGUAUCAGAGUUAAAAGGAACUAACGCAGCUCUAGAGAUUGCCCUUGACGAUAUUAUUAAUAGAUAUUUAUGCAAAUGCUGAUCGUUUUUUUUCUCGAAAUCCGCAGUUUAAAAAAAGUUCCCAGGUCUGGUAACAGUGCACAGUAUCGGGUUGCACGAGAAACAGUGUUACUCUUGCUCUUAUUUGACAAAAUGUCCUGGGUAGCUCUUUCAUAAAUCCUUAGUGUUUGAUGUGCUGAAGUAUAACAAAUGACUGUUUUCGCCACUUCGAAUCUGUGUUGUUUUGCUGAAAUAUUUCGACAAAGCUAAAGUAAUUUAUGGUUUUCAUACUUGGGACUUGUAAUAAAUUAUUGAUUCGA